AUGUCCAACAACGCAGGCAGCAACGUUCCCACAAACUCCAACACCCAGGUAGACACUACCAAGUACAGCAGCUACAAGACUGCCGACCCUGAGACCGCCUCCAUUACCACUGUUUCAUCCUCUGUACCCUUAGUCAAGAAGGACGGGGAGAAGAAGAAUGGAACAGAUUUCGAUGCCAAGAAGAUGCAGGAACAGGCCCUCAAAGCACAGAUUCGAUUCAGUAUGUAG